AUGUGGAAAAAUGUAAAUACCUUUCCGCGAAAAAUAUUACAAUGCAAAGAAGUCUUAAUUGAAAUUCAAAGGAAUGCAUUUGUAUUAAAACGUUUAAGUUCUGUACGUCUGUCAAAGCUUGGAGCACCACCUAAAAAACUUGAAGAGCGUAAUUUUUUAUAUGAAACAAUUGUAAAAACAGAAUCAGUAAAAAAACCACCAAUUGAGUUAGUUUUAAUUAAAGAUGUACCCGGUGUAGGAAUGUUAGGUGAUAACAUUAAAAUAAACUGUUACAAUGCUUAUAAAGAUUUUUUACUGCCUAAAUUAGCAAUUUAUGCUGAUUCCCCAGAGGCUAUAAAUAUAAAGAGAAAAAAGGAGGAUGUUCAAUAUAGUUCUAUUUACUGCCAAAUAGUUGAAAAAUAUUUAACUCUACAUCCUCUACAAAUUACGCUAAACCAAAAAACAAAUUGGACUUUGGAACCUUGGCAUAUCAAAAUAGCAUUGAGACAGCAGGGCAUUAUUGCAAAUGAAAAUUGCAUUAAAUUACCUGAUAAAACUAUUUCUGGACCAAAUGUAGAAAUUGAAAACAAAGAUUUUAUAGUACAUGUAAAAAUGAAUGAUUCAGAAACAUUUAAAGUAAGAUGUAGAAUAUAUCACAUAGAUAAUUCAACUUCCAGAUUUAUUAAUAUUGAUAGUAUUUAUUCAGAAAGCACGGCAUUGUUUCCAGAAGAGCAAGAUAUGAUAAAUGCUCAGAUAAAAAAAGAACUCGAGUUAAAACAAACACUUAAAAAUAGUCAAUAA